AACAUCCCCCAUCCCCUAUUUCAAGGAUGCGAGAUGCGAGUGCUCCCCGUUGUUGACCGCUCAGCAUCGGUUUGCCCAAACAGUUUCGUGAAGGAGACAGGCAGAACGUUGCUUUAACACGGAAGAUGAGUGUACUGUGAUUAUUCGCAUCGAAGGAGCGAAAUUACGUUUAUAUACGAAGAUCUCGUGUGGAUACGCAACAAGCGUCAAUGCACGAGAUACUGAUCGAUCUUUACGAGCAAACAUGAACGGUAGAAGUAAAGUAACAAGCCUCGUGAAUAGCUGUAGGUUUCGAAUGCGAUGCCAAUCAUUUCUCGGGACAGAUGUACGACGAAAAGCAAAGGACAUGGCACAUCUGUAGAUACAAAAUGCCGGACUAGUGGAAGUUGAAGAGUAGAAACUAAAUAAAGCAGAAAGCAGUAGAAGAUAGAAAAAAAGAGUUGAUCGAAUACGUAGUGACCACAGGAGUAAAUAAAGGAUAAUGAGUCACGCUCAGCAGCAUGUACUUGCAAGCGCAAUAGUUCUUGCUCUGAUAGUGGUCUUCUGCAUCCAUGUCUUCCUGUUCCCUAUGUACACAUCCAACCCACCAGCCCGUCUCAUCAAAAUCUCGACUUACGAGCAAGCCCUGUGCCGCACGACGUUGAAGAACAUCAGAAUACCGCCGGAGUGGAGAAAUCCAUGUCCGAAAUAUGGAAUAGUUUCCGCGGUCCAAGGUGGUAGGCUUGGAAAUCAGAUCUGGGAAUAUGCCUCUGUGUGGGCAACGGCGAGGAGAACAGGCUUGGAACCGUUUAUGCCACGCUGCAUAUUGAAAACCCUCGAAGAGUACUUUGUCAAUCUCAGUAUACCACCCCUCAGCUACAUCGGAAGAUGUUACUUAGACGUUAGCCAAGUCGUGAACUCUUUGGGACAGUGGAACAGCACGGAACAGAACAUCAUUAUACCAAGACACGCGGCGUACUGGUCCCUCAUACUGGUGUGGUUGGAUGAUGUACGAAGAGAAUUUACAUUUAAGCCAAAUUUAAGAGCUUACGCGGAGAAUGUGCUGAGGGAAGUGGCCGAGGAGUUCGAGUUGCCCGAACCAACGUUUGUGAGCGUGCACGUGAGAAGAACGGACUACGUGGACUACUUGUGGCAAAAGUUGAAGGUCCGGCCCGCUCCGGUCAACUAUUACAUCACGGCAAUGGAUUACUUUAUCGGCAAGUAUAGAAACGUAGUCUUUGUAGUGACUAGCGAUAACAUAGUUUGGUGCAAGUAUAAUUUGCAUAGCAAACGACAUAGAAUCAAAUUCGUAUCCGAUAUGGAUGGAAGAGGUCCCGGAAAGGACCUCGCAGUUUUAUCGGCUUGCAAUCACAGUAUUAUAGAUUACGGUACGUACGGCUCGUUCGGGGCGAUUUUAGCCGCGGGCGAGACCGUCGUGUACAAUGUAACGACAUACUUUUCUACACUGAUUGCCGAAGUUUUGCCAAACUGGAGAAUAAUGAGUUGAACGAAAAUCAAAAGACAUUCCAUGGAUCUCAACAAAUAAUUCAUAUAUGUACAAAUACUUUAUUGGGAAUACUUUUUAUACAGAGUGGGUUUCGUUCGUUUUUACAACGCGGAGAUAUUUCUUUCGAAAUUGAAACUGCUCAAAAUUUUUCUAUGACAUAUUUUAUUAAGUGCGAGCCUUCAGACUUCUUAUUUAGUAUCUCGAUAUAUACACAGACGAACCGACAAACACAUAGUUAUUUAUUAUCUUCGAUAGUUUACUCUCGUAUCUUUUCAAUAAUAUCUAAAGAAGACAAAACCCAAAUGAAAGUGUAGCGUUAUAUUUUACAAAGUUUAUAUCAAAAUGGUAUGAGUGGAACGCCGAUAAUCGCUUAGAGACACUAUGCAUAGUUUUUCACUUAAUUACGGCACCAGUAGAUGUGAGAAAAAUGCUAGAGAAUCCGUGCACUUCGAAUAGUAUAGCUCUAAAAGGGAUAUACAGUAGGAACCUAAUAUAGAAGAGGGAUACAACGGAACAAUGGACCACUAAUGUCUAAAUAAAAAACAGAUACUUAUUUUUUUUACUACCUAUGAUUCAUAUUCAAUGUGGCUCUGAGAAAUUAAAAUAGAUUCGAGGUAUUGCUUUGACACGACGAACCAAUGAACUGAGCCUGAUAUCUAAAAAAAAAAGUAAUCUGCGAGGGAGGACUUUAUACAGUGGUCGCGGUGUUGACACAGGUUUUUGGAUAUUCAUACUAUUAUUCCCGACAUCAUAAUUUUUCGACUACUUAUUCCGUGAUAUGACGCAACAAUCGAAAAAUGGAAUCUAGCUAAAUCGCAUUACGUGUUUAGAAUUUAAAAGACAAAAAUACAAUCGUACUUGCAGAUAUACAAAAACGAAAACCAUGUAACAAUUAUGAUGUACAAUGAUUUCAACUGUGAUUCUAUUUCUUAUUGUGCCAAAUACUUAAUAUACGUAUAGAAAUGUGUGUAUAUAUGCAUACGAAUGUAUAAUUAUGUGUGUCUACAAGAAAAUAUAAUACACGCACUUAUUGAUAAGCGUGUCCAGGUAUACAUUCUGAAUAAGAUUGUGUAUCUAUACAAAAUACCAUAUAACAUUUCUGUAUGUGCAAGACGAAACGAUCAGUUUAUUUCUUCACUUAAUAAUUAAACGUUUCCAAAAAAAAAAUCAAUAGAUAAAGAUAUUCUCGAGUGAAAGGUAUUUUACAUAAUUUCAAUACGUGCAAUACGUGUAAAUAUAAAUGUUUGAAAUUUAUUAACCACGUGACCUGAUAUAUUCGGUUUGUAAUAUUUUAUAAAUUAUCUAGUAAAUGUGUCUAUGUCUAUAUAUAUAUAUAUAUAUGUUAAUAUAUCUAUAUACAUAUAAAAUUCUAUACAUAUAUAUUAUAAUAUGAAGCAUUUUCAAAUAAUAAUCGUGCCUAAUAGUUGUUUGCCAACUACAACGAAAUGUGAUAUCGGAGGGAGGCGCGUUACAAGUGAUAAAGAGAUUAAAUAGAACUGGAUAGAUAAAAUUGUGAAAGCAUACAACUGUCAGGCACAAAAUAUGAUCUACUCUGUACAUUCUGUGAUAAUUUUAUGUAAUUUGUAAAAAAAAUAAAACGGAUGCGCUGAGACUUACCUGUUUCACGAAAUAAAAGAUAUUCUGCGUCGACGGUUACU